AUGACUGAAUCCGAAGGCAAAUCCACCCCUCUCCGCGUGGGUGUGGUGCUAUUCCCAGGCUUCCAAGCCCUGGAUGUAUUCGGCCCAUUGGACUGCAUAAAUGUCCUCUCAUGGAGCCACAACGUGACCAUGGCACUUUUAUCCUCAACGCUAGAGCCAGUGACAACAAAGCCACCGGCAUUCGCCAACGCCAUGGGUCAAAGCGUGGUCCCAACCCAUACCUUUGCAACGGCGCCUUCUUUGGAUCUGCUUCUCGUCCCUGGUGGUCUAGGAACACGCGGCUCAAGUCCAGCAAUCGAAGAAGCAAUCUCGUACAUCAAAAACGUAUAUCCUCAACUGAAAUAUCUCGUUACGGUGUGUACUGGCUCGGGGCUUGCAGCGCGAGCUGGGAUUCUAGAUGGAAAAUGUGCCACGACGAAUAAGAUGGCUUGGGCUGAGAUUACGGCUUUGGCGGUGAAUGUCGAUUGGGUUCCUCGUGCGAGAUGGGUCGUUGAUGGUAAUAUCUGGACUUCUUCUGGGGUUAGCGCUGGAAUCGAUGUUAUUCUUGCUUGGAUUGAAAAGGUCUACGGGAGCGAGGUGGCGAGGAAGAUCUCGAAUAGCAUAGAAUAUACUCGACAUGAGGACCCUAGUCAUGAUCCAUUUGCUGGACUGCAUGGCCUCUGA